GCCCGUCCUCUAAGGUAACAAGCAGGCAAAUGUUUACGAAGAGGGCUCCUGCUGAAGCGGGGUGUUUGCAAAGAUUUUCUUGCUAAUUGCAUAUCAGACGGAAGGCUGCGGAARGCUGGUCAAGUUUGGAGCCACCGAGCAGGAAAAGAAGAGAAGAAGGCUGAAGGCGCUCAGUGAGGGGAGAGAUCUGGGGAAGACAACAUCGCACGCAGCCAGCCCGCGGCUCCCGCCUCCGCUCCCUCCCGGGCUCGCUCGCUGUCUUCCCUCUUCCCCAGCGCUCCGUUCUCCGGCGACAUCUCGCUCCAUCCCUAUUUCUCCAUUCCCUAGUAGACUCCACUCCAGAUCUGUGCUGCUACCUGCAAACUUUUUCCUUUAUCUUUUUUUUUUUUCCCCCGCCUGUCUCUCUUUUUCUUUUUGGAGUGGAUUGCCCUGAAACCAGCAAACAACUAACUGCUGCCGCUUCUGCAUCUUCURCAUCCUGAGGGUCCUUCGCCCAUCGGAGAGGCGAUGUCACGAGGGUUUUAACUCCUUUUGGAAGCAACUUGGAAGAGAGCUCGAUUACUCCCCCUCCCCAUUUUGGGUCUUUAUUUUUUUUUUUUUCCCCAAGACCUGCCGUUUCAGUUUCGCAACCAAACGCUCUCAGUGCCGGGUGUCUAGAGUUUAAUGAGUGGCAAUGUGUAGCAAAGCGAUCUUAGCACUCCUGGUCUAUGGCAUAAUAAUGCACUGCAGCGUCUACUGCUCACCUGCGGCCGGACUUCAGUACCCGGCGCUCAGGCUGGAGGAUGAAGUCUACGACGAGGACGGGAACACCCUGCAGGACUUCGCCUACGACCACGAGCCUCUCGGCAUAGCGAAUCCGUCCUCCAUGAUCGGCGAGAUGUACACCUUGUAUUACCCACCGGAAAAGAGGCACGCCGAUGGGAUCUUCAACAAAGCCUACAGGAAACUCCUGGGCCAGUUAUCCGCCAGAAAAUAUCUGCACUCCCUGAUGGCCAAGCGGGUGGGCGGUGCCAGCGGCGGCCUGGGGGACGAUGCGGAACCGCUGACCAAGCGGCACAUAGACGGCAUCUUCACGGACAGCUACAGCCGCUACCGGAAACAAAUGGCUGUCAAGAAAUACUUAGCAGCCGUCCUGGGGAAAAGGUAUAAACAAAGAGUUAAAAACAAAGGACGCCGAGUAGCGUAUUUGUAGCGAUGUGAGUAACCAGCCACUCCUGUGUAUACAAAGUCCUAAGAGAGAGAGAGAGAGAGAGAGAGAGAAAGAGAGAGAGAGAGAUAAACCCAACAACAACAAAAAAAUCUAAACAAAAACAAAAGUCAUUUCCAAACUGACUGAACAAUCACCGCUCCUGUGUUAUCUAAACAUGUAUUUAUGUAUGAAGUAAAGCCAUUAAAUGAAUAUUUUGAUAAUAAUAUUGUUUUUCUUUUGUACAAAAAGCACUAGAGAAACGCACAGAUCUACUUUGUGGACCAAUCAUUAAGUUAUAUAUAAUAUAUAAAUAUAUAUAUAUAAAUACUACUAAGAAUAGUAAAGAACAAUUCUUCAUGAAAAACCUGCACAAGAACCAGAAUUCGCCUGAGCUGUUUAUGUUUUUAUAUAAAAGAAAUAGAAAAAAAAAGACAAUCAUUGUUUUGAAUAUUACUCCUAUUUUUGUAACAGAAAUUAAAAGGAUAGUAUUUUUAUCCACGACAGGGUCGAAGACAUUAAUUUUCACCAUUUGCUACUGUACAUAGAGAAGGAUGACCUGCUCCCAGGGGGAUUAUGAGGAAAUUGAUUUGGGAGAAUUGGUGAAGCAGAUUCUUCCCCUGGUGAGUCUUAAGGCAGGCUCCUUUGCCACUAGCCUCUCUGAAGGGGCAGCGUCCCCUUUCUUCUAGAUUUCGAUUAUUUUUUUUCUCUCCUGCUUUCUUUGAUUCCAGAUGUAUCUGUAUUAGUGUAUCCUCAAACAAUGAACUUAGAGGAUAACUAUCUUGUGAAAACAACAGCUCGAUCCAAAUURUGCAUCUCUGUUGCCUAUUGGAGGGAGAAAUAGUUAAAAAACCCMAAACCAAAAUAAUAAUARCAAA